CGUGUGCAAGUGUGAGAGCGCGUGUCCGUGUGUUCUAUAGUGACGGUGGUGUGCGAGUGCGUGCGUGUGUAGACGACCCGAAGGAACCAACCGGCGGCCCCAGUCGACGGGAUCACACGAACGUCUGUCGCCUGCUCACAAGUGCACACAACUUCGUGACAGUUUCGUGCUGUGGAAUUGGGUCGGUCGGCGGAAAUAUACGUUGGUAAUCGAACUGCGUCGUUAACGAUAUUGUAAUAUAGACAAGUACACACUCAGUCCAUCGGAGGAACGAUCCAAUCAAAUUGUCCGUUAAAUGGCUUUUCUGAAAAUAUCCACAUCCCGUAAGUGCAGUCAAUUACUAUUGCAAGAGCCGCUCAGAAACGACGUGUACGCUCGGCUGGUUCGGUCGCUGACUACCAACGCCAAUGGAUCCGCAGAACAGCACCAACAGCGCAGGAACAGCAGCGUGGUGUCCGGCCCGGCGGCUGGCGUUGUCGACGCGAAGCCCAAAUGGGAUCAACUGGACACGUCGUUCGCCAACCCGGAGGCCACAUUUAAGAGCAAGACCACCUGGGAAAUAUUUAGAGCUUACAUAGUAUACCAGCUAUGCUCGUCCAGUUACCUCGUCGAGAACAACAUGCAGCUCAUGAAACUUUGCAAAGCUGUUUUUGGUGAAAAAUUAUUUACCCUAAUGAUGAAAAUGACAUUUUAUGGUCAUUUUGUUGCGGGAGAAGAUCAAUAUCGUAUUGUUCCUACAUUGAAACGCUUAAGAUCUUUUGGUGUUAAACCAAUAUUAGACUAUUCUGUUGAAGAAGAUAUUAGUCAAGAAGAGGCAGAAAAACGUGAAGUUGAAUCAAGCAUGUCGGAAAUCGAAAAAAGAGACCAAGAUGCUGCUCAAAAAGAAGGUUCUGUUACAGCGGAAACAGUUGGAGGUUCUUUACCACAGUACCACGUGGAUAAACAAUUCGCAGACAGAAGGUACAAGGUGCAGAGUGCUCGAACCUAUUUCUACCUUAAUGAAGCUACUUGUGAACGUAACAUGGAAGUAUUCCAAAAUUGUCUACAUGCAGUAGCCGGUGCUACCUAUGGAACAGGAAUUACAGCAAUCAAAUUAACAGCUCUUGGACGUCCUCAACUUUUGUUGCAAUUGUCAGAAGUAAUUAUGAGAGCUCGUACAUUAGCUAGUGAAAUUAUGGGUGGCAAAGGUAAUGUAAUUGGUCAGCAUCUCACUCUCGAGGAAUUAGAUAAACGUUUGUUUGAAGCUGGAAUCAAGGAUACAAAAAAGUUUUUGGAAAAAGUCACCAAGGACAGUCAAGGUGUUAUCCAUUUAUUCCCAUGGAGUGGUCUGUUAGAUGAAAAUUCUGAACUAAGUGAUUCGUUCCGUGUCCCUUGCUUGAAAGAAGGUCGUAUGGUCAGACUGUUAUCUCAAUUAUCUAAAAAAGAAGAGGAAAUGUUCCGUAAUAUGGUUCAUCGACUUAAUACAUUAGUCCAAACUGCUAAAGACCUAGAUGUCCGUAUAAUGAUUGAUGCUGAACAAACAUAUUUUCAACCCGCUAUAUCUAGAUUAACUCUUGAAUUGAUGCAAAAGUAUAAUACAGAAAAAGCUAUUGUAUUUAACACAUACCAAUGUUACCUAAAAGAAACGCUUAAUGAAGUCAAGACUGAUUUAAAUCAAGCUAAGAGACAAAAAUUCUAUUUUGGAGCCAAACUUGUGAGGGGUGCUUAUAUUGAUCAGGAGAGGGCAAGAGCUGCAGCAUUGGGCUAUGCUGAUCCAACCAAUCCAUCUUAUGAAGCCACCACAGAAACUUAUCAUCAAACACUGACUGAAUGUUUAACGCGCAUUAAGCAACUGAAAGAUCAGGGCGAUGCUUGCAGCAAGAUUGGUAUAAUGGUUGCAUCACAUAACGAAGAUACUGUACGUUUCGCAUUAUCACAAAUGAAAGAAAUUGGAAUCUCUCCUGAAGACAAAGUAAUCUGCUUCGGACAGCUGCUUGGCAUGUGUGACUUCAUCACGUUCCCCUUGGGCCAAGCAGGAUAUUCAGCGUACAAGUAUAUACCAUAUGGCCCAGUCAACGAAGUGCUACCAUAUCUGUCUCGCCGAGCUAUGGAGAACAAGGGUGUGCUAAAGAAGUUGGCCAAGGAGAAAACAUUACUGAGAAAAGAACUUGUCAGGCGUAUACUGCGUGGGCAGUUUUUCUACAAACCUAAUGGCAAUUAUACGCCAGUUUAAGAACGAAAUAUAAGCCUUAAUAUCAUAUAGUAAGCGCAAGUCUCUCUAAUGGUAUGCCGAUUAGUCUUAUGUUAUUACUAUUCUCCCUCCAAUAUUAACUUAACUUAAUUGUAUGACCGAUCAGAUCUGAAUAGACAGUACUUUUCAGUAUUAUAAGCAAUAAUAGUUUGAUUUAUAUUUCAGAAUCUCAUCUUACCUAAACACGUAAACUUGUACUUAAAAGUGAUGGAAAAAUAUGUUUAUAUAAUUCCAUUUUUAUUUUUUUCAUCCUUAAUGGAACUUAAAAAUAAACUACCAAUAUGUUCAUAUAAUUUAUUAAUCGGUUUACAUUGAACUGCGCUUUUAAAUUUAUGCCGGCCUUUAUUCGUAGAAAACAGUUUAUUACUGUUUAUAAAUAAAUUGUAAAAGUAUAAAUAUAUACAUAAAAAAUAGUUCGUUUCACAUUUUUGUAAAAAAAAAAAAAAAAUGUUAUGUUAUUUUAUUUUAUACAAAACAUUUAGUUAGUUCUACGCUAAUAAUAUUGAGCUACUGAAAUAUAAAGCCAUAAUGAGUUGUGCCUAUAUAAGUGAUAAUAUGUCUUGUUAAAUAUUAAUAUUUAUAGAAAAUAUUGUUGACUUUUUUCAGCUGUAGUAAUAAUUAGUAACUAUAAAAAUAAUAUGAAUAAGAAUAUUAAAAAUAUUCAAAAUUGGACUAUAAAUGGUUAUAAAUUUGAUAGUUUUUUUCUCAUUAGUUCAAAGAUUAUCCAUUAUAAAUAAUAAAAAAAAAAAUUUCAAUCAUCUUUAAAAUGUAAUACAUAUAAUAUGUAAGUGUAUAGGUUGUCAUAUUAAGUAUAAAAUAUUUGACAUUUACUUGUUGAAAAAGCUCAAUAUUUAUCUCAUUAACUCAUAUUUAUCACUUUCAUGCUAAAUUAUCAAAACAUUAAUUGAUUUAUUCAUCAUUUAAAAUUUCACAACAAUUCCUAAAUAUCCUAAUGUUUUAUAUAUUCAAUUGACAAUUAUUAUUAUAUUAAAUGCAUUAUACCAAUGAAAGAAAAAGCAAGUUCAAGUCAUUUUUUAGUUUAAUAUAUGUAAGUUUAAUAAGAUAUUAGAUUUUACUUAUACUUUUUAAGAUAAUUGAGCAAUGUGAUAUUAAAUUUAAAAGCAAAAAAAAAAUUUAACAAACUUAAAUUAAGCUAUUUAUGCAUUCAAAUCAUCAAAAUUUUAGGCAGUUUUCUCCUUCUCUUAAUAAAUUACUUCUGCUUUAUGUACCCACAUACUCAAUUUAUGAUCUCUGAAGGUACAAGUGAUACAACAACUACAACACGGCUUUUUGAGCUUUUACUCAACUAAUUUGCUAUAGUUAUUACUUAUUGUAAAUAUCAUGUAAGAUAAUACAAGUAAAUAACCUACUUUUACAGUUGUUUUGAUAAAUUAUAAAUGAAUCAUAGAUAUUUUUAGAUCUGGGAGAAGUCACUUAAUGGUUCAUAUGUUUAGGAUUGUUGGUUUAAAACAAUAAAUUGAAUGAUAUUAACAAUAUAUGAAAGGAAAGCAAGUUUAUUGUUUUGCCUUUUUAGAAAUAUUUAACCAAUAUUAAGUUAUUAAAUAACUUAGAUUUAAUACUUAUAAUUUAUGAGGGUAGUUAAUGUUUGUUUCAAAUAGUUUCUAUUCAAAUGCUAAUAAUUGCAGUAAAACAAUGUAUUAGAUGUGCAGAUAUUAAUUAUUAUUAUUGUAAUUUAUUAAAAAAAGUAUUAAAAUCCAUUUAUAAAUAUUAAUUAAAUAAUACACGUUUGAUAAAUACAAUUGGACAUUGUUUUAUUCAUUAAGAAAAAAGUUUUAGGGAUGAAUAAAGUAUUUAACAAUUUCAUGUUAAAAAUAUAAUACUUAUUAAUGAUUAUAAUGAAAUAUGAAAAAUAUGUUUCUUCUCUUCAAUACAUUGUUUAAAACAACACUUUUUUUUAAAGUUUUUAUUUGCCACUAUAAUAUCAAGCUAACAAAAGGAUCUACAGUAUGACAGAAAUUAUGGUCUGGACUGUCACCUUAAAUAGUGGUCUAAAACUGACCAAAGGUUUGAAUUCCACAGUAUUAACUGUUUCUAUGGUAUAGAAUAAACUAAAAACCUAUGUAUUAAUCAUAUAAAUGUCAUUUUCAGUUUUAGUACCAAAACAUGGUCCUAAUUUAACCUCAGAUUGAUUUAGUUUAAAUAAAAAUCAAGCAAGUUCUAAUUUAAAGAGAUUACUGUAACUCGUGUAACUUGCAUACAAUUUAAUAAACAUUUUAACUCUUCAA